CUAUAUAUAACCCUUUCUCGUUCCCAUCCUGUAGAUUUCGCCACGCAAUCUUUUGUUUUGGCUUGAGGUAGCGUAUUAAAUAGUGUUAUUUCUUAUGUAGUGUACUUCUGCAUCAAAAGCUGAUCUUUUAAGCAAUUCGGAGAUGGGGUAUCAAAUGUUAUGCGUGUUCUUCCUGUUGGUGAUGGCAGUUUUUGCCCAGGAAGGAGAAGAUUCUUGUUCGGAGGAUGAGAAGGAGGAGGAAGGUGAAGACUACUGUGUUCCAUUGACACCAGCUGAGAUAAGGAUGAAAAAACUGGUUCCCGCCCUCAAUGACUUUGCUUUCAACUUGCAGAAGAAAUUUGCACAUUAUAAAAAUGAAGAUGCCUAUUUUUCACCGUUGUCUCUCGCCACGGUUUUUGCUAUGCUUCAUUAUGGAUCUAGAGGUAAAACGGCACAAGAGUUGGGAAAUAUGUUGGGCUUUGCAGAAACAAACCUAACCAACGACGAAGUGCAUACAGCUUUCAACGAGCUCCUGAAGAAAAUCCCGUGGAAGUCGGACAUCUAUCGAUUAACAAACGCUAACGCACUUUUGGUAGACAAAACGGCAAGUCUUUUUAGAGACUAUAAGAUCAGUAUGAAACAGGUAUACAACGGAUCCGUCAGAGGAGUUGAUUUCGAGACGAAAAGCUCCGAAAUUAAGAGCGACGCUAACGACUGGGUGAAGAGAAAAACUAGGGGUGAAAUUCAUCAUAUUGUAAACAGAAUCGCGCCAAAUACAAAGUUUGCAAUUUUGAGUGCUGCACAUUUCAAAGGGAAAUGGAAAACUAAAUUCGAACUUAAUAAUACUCGUAAAGAAAUUUUCAACAAUGGAGGCUUUUUUCGAUUGGCAAAAGAAGUACCAAUGAUGCAUAUGAGAGCAACGUUACCUUACAAGAUGGAGGAAGGUUUCAAAAUUCUCGAACUGCCUUACGAAGACGAAAAUUUAAGUAUGCUAGUUUUGUUACCAAAACAUAACGAUAAUCUCCCCAAUUUGGAAAGCGCUAUAACAGCAGAGACUCUAAAGUUGAUCAGACGCAACAUGCACAGGACAAGGGUCAUUGUCUCGAUGCCAAGAGUCAAGCUGGAGUAUUCCAACGAGCUGUCUGGGAUCAUACAUGCCGCAGGUGCCAAAAAGAUCUUCCAAGAACGUGCAGACUUUUCUGGUAUGAUGAGAAAUAGAUCUGUUUUUGUCCGUCUGAUUAUGCAUUCAACUUUGCUAGAAAUAUCGGAAUGCGGCACUGAAGCAGCGUUAGAAACACCAGACCUAGAAUCCAUUAGAAGGUCAUUUAUGUCACUUCGUAUACCUCUCUUCAUAGUGAACCGACCUUUCAUGAUUAUCAUUAUAGAUAACAGAAAUGAUAUGAUUUUAUUCAUGGGAAGAAUAAUUAGGGUAUAGGUAUUCGAAUGGCUGUACUGAGCUGUUAUAUAUUUCUGUAGUUUUGUGAUUUUAAAAAUUUGUUAAUGAAAUUUUAUAUCAAGCAGUUACUGAUAUUUUUCAAGAUUGGCAUGAAAAGGUUACUGUUAAUGAUUCAUUGUAUUCACUAUAAACUGCUUCGUGGAUAAUUUUUAUUCAUUUGCUUCGAAGUUAAUUUGAAACGGUAACAUUUAACGCACAUUUAUUCUACUUAAAUUAGUGAUACUUCAAAUUUUAUAAACACCCCACGUUUGUCCGAUUAAAGAGUAUACUUAUAAUUAAGACACAAUAACACGCCGAACAAUUACUAAUUCAGAAGUCAAACAACAAAAAUCAGCGUUAUAUUUUCAAUUUUGAUGUAACGCUGAUUUUUGUUGUUUGACUUCUGCAUUAGUAUAAUUAUUUUAACUCAGAAAUUUAAUUUCCAUAUACCAAAAAAAUAAUUUCAAUAUACACAAUAUGCGACUUUGUGUUUUCUGUUUAAUACCCGGAGUUUGUAGAUUCGUAAUUCAAAAAUUGUGUUCUCCUCUCCGAGUCUUGGUUCUUUUAGCGGGAUCUUUAUCGAAGUAGGAAUAUAAAGUUUAUAGGCAGAAAGAUAAGCAGACAAUUAGCUUCACAUUUAUAUAUACAGACUAAAGAAUAAGUAAUUAAUGUACACUCUGUAUUAAAAAAAGGGACAGUUCUAUAUCUUCUGUUCCACUGGGGUGAUUGACGAAAUUUAAUUUCAUGUUUUUCAAUAUUUCGACUGUAGGACUCGAAUUAUGCCCAAAUACUAAAUUGUGUAAAAUUUGGUGAGAAGCUUAUCAAGAAAUUAAAAAAUUUACUUGGAGAAAUUCUUAUUUUUAUAGCAAUCCAUUUCCCUUUUCUUUUUUAAAUUCCCACUAUUAGCUCACACUCUCUAUAAUCUUGUUCAAAUUUUCAAUCGUAAAUAAAAUAACUUUGUAUUCAUCCACUAAGUUCAAGUACAUUUUUUUAAACUUGUAGUGGAUGACACUUGGUGUUAAUCUAGUUUUUCACAUAUAAGUCAAUUCCUACUUCUUUAUUCCUGUUUAUCGGAACUAAAGAUAUGUUUUUUAAAUAUAUUACAAAACUUGCAAAUAAUGUCCGUCGUUUAUUAGGAAUUCUAAUGUGGAUAAAUUAAUGUAAAAAUUAAUUUUAUAACUUCUAAAUAGUACAUGACUGCAAUAAAUGGGAUUAUAAUAUUUAACAAAAGUAAGUAAGUGGCAACAAUAAGACAAAGUUCUAAAGGCUUUUAAAGUGUAUGGAAUUAAAUAAUUGUAGUUUUAUAUAGUUGGAUGAAGCGGAUGUAAUGUCCCAUUAUGUAGCGAAAAUUCUCCCCAUAUUCCUAUGUUAACGUAAUAAUAUAUGUUUAAAAUGUCCCUUGCUUCACAAACGCAGAAUGCAAAUGACGAUUAGAGAAAAAACGUAAGCGUCAAGAAAAGCUUGGAAAUGAAACAAAAGAAAAUUUUUUAAUAUUACUUACUCGCCUACUAAUUACUACAUGUGGAUUUACUAAAUAACUAAAAAUUUUUCUUUGCUGAUUUAAGUAGGAAUUUA